ACCUAAAAUAAUAUACAAAGAAGCUACAAACUCUCUCUCGGAAAAAACCCUAACAAGAUCCUAGAGAUGUUCAGGGUUGCUAGAGCUUCACAGUACCUAGCGAUCACUGGUGCUGGUAUCGAAGACAUCAAGCUCUCCAAGAAAUCAUGGGUGUUUCCAUGGCAAUCUUGCACCGUCUUCGACGUUUCUCCGGUCAACUACACUUUCAAAGUCCAGGCCAUGAGCGCUGAGAAGCUCCCUUUCGUUCUCCCCGCCGUCUUCACCAUCGGACCUCGCGUGGACGACCCUGAAGCGCUGAUUCUGUACGCUAGGCUUAUUUCGCCUCACGCUAAUGGAUCCAACCACGUCCAUGAGCUUGUUGAAGGUGUUAUCGAAGGAGAGACUCGUGUCCUCGCUGCUUCUAUGACCAUGGAAGAGAUCUUCAAAGGGACAAAGGAUUUUAAGAAGGAGGUGUUUGAUAAGGUUCAAUUAGAACUAGACCAGUUCGGUCUCAUAAUCUAUAACGCCAACGUGAAGCAGCUCGUUGAUGUGCCUGGACAUGAGUACUUCUCUUACUUGGGUCAGAAAACUCAAAUGGAAGCAGCAAAUCAAGCGAGGAUCGAUGUUUCUGAGGCCAAGAUGAAGGGAGAGAUAGGUGCAAAGGAACGUAACGGGCUUACUAUUCAAAACGCAGCUAAAAUUGACGCGGAGUCAAAGAUCAUAAUGAUGCAGAGGCAAGGAGAAGGGGCAAAGGAAGAGAUCAAAGUGAAGACUGAGAUAAAAGUGUUUGAGAAUCAGAAGGAAGCUGAUGUGGCUAAGGCUAAUGCUGAGCUUGCCAUGAAGAAAGCUGCUUGGGAUAGGGUUGCUCAGGUUGCUGAGGUUGAAGCAACUAAAGCAGUGGCUUUGAGAGAAGCUGAGCUUCAGACAGAGGUUGAGAAAAUGAACGCGUUGACUCGGACAGAGAAGCUCAAGGCUGAGUUUCUUAGCAAAGCAAGUGUUGAGUAUGAAACAAAGGUUCAAGAAGCAAACUGGGAACUAUACAACAAGCAGAAGCAAGCAGAGGCGGUUCUAUACGAGAAGCAAAAGGAUGCCGAGGCACAGAGAGCUGCAGCAGACGCAUCAUUCUACACAAAGCAGAAAGAAGCAGAAGGACUUGUUGCUUUAGCAAGUGCUCAAGGGACUUAUCUCAGAACCCUCCUAGACGCUCUUCACAAUGACUAUUCUGCACUUAGAGACUUCCUGAUGAUUAACAAUGGCUCUUAUCUGGAGAUAGCUAAGAUUAACGCGAUUGCGGUUAAAGACUUGAACCCCAAGAUUAGCGUUUGGAACCACGGUGGAGAACAUGGGAAUAGUGGUGGUGGUAGUGGGAAUGCUAUGAAGGAUAUAGCUGGACUCUACAAGAUGUUGCCUCCGGUUCUUGAUACGGUUUAUGAGCAGAGUGGGAUGCAGCCACCGGCUUGGAUCGGUACGUUAGCUGCUGCAGAGUCUUAAGCAAGAAAUGUCGCCUCAACACUUCUGAGUUUUGAGGUUUGGAUAAUGGCAUGGUGUGGUCGUUUUACUUUGG